CAAUUACAUUGUUAAUAUGUUUCUUGUUGGCGACAACACAAAUUUCUAGCGAGCUUAGAGGAUAUCCUCUCUGGCUUGUUCGGAGAUCGAUCUCCUCUGAUGGUGGCUGGUGGAUUUCAGAGAUUUGCCGGCGUUGGUGAACAUGUGUUCGCCUCUUCUCCGACUUCGUUUUUGGCUCCUUCCGCUUGGAUGUGCUUUUCCGGUGAUGGUUCUUACUUCUAUGUCUCAGUGUUGUUUUCCCAUCGCUCGACGCGGCAUUGCUCCGGUGGUCUGAUGGUCAACCACGUUGGCUGGUGGUGCGGCUGGCGGUGCCUUGUUUUCCGGCGAAGCUGCGACGUCUCCGUUGUGGCGGGUCCGAUGUGGCUCGGACGGGUUCUUUGUUCUGAGACCAAUGGCGAGAGCCCCUUGCUUUUCCAGCGAAGCUGCGGUGGUAAUAGUUGUGGCGGGACUGAUGUGGCUCGGAGUUACUUUGCUCAUAGGCUGAAGCGAAGCUGGUUCUCUAUCGACCUUGGCUCUAGUGUUGCAGCUCGAGUUUUCUUUGCUGUCGGGGUUCUACAUUUUGGAAGUUUGUAUCUCCGAGGUGGUGGCACUUGUUAGUGUAAAUUCUUUCAAUAUGGCUUGUCUAUGCAGAUUUUGGUUUUCUGCUUUCUUUGUUGAGUCUUCGUGUUAUGUAAAAAUUCAAAAAUUGGUAUAAUAAAUCUUCACCUGUUUA